AUGUCUACUCGUUGUAUACAAAUAGCAACACGUAAUGUUCAAACAUUAUGGAUGAUUAAUAAUCGUCGACAAUUUCAAACAUCAGUUUUACGUUUAUCUGCUAAUACUUUUCAUGUAAAAGAUGAUGCAGAUUUUCAAAAACAAGUUGUUGAUAGUAAAAAACCAUUUAUUGUCGAUUUUCAUGCAACUUGGUGUGGACCAUGUAAAGUUUUAGAACCUCGCUUGGAAAAAGUUCUUACAAAUUAUAAUAAAAAAGAUACAUCUGGUGACAAACAAAUUCAAUUGGCUAAAGUCGAUAUCGAUAAUUUAAGUGAAUUAAGUGGCAAAUACGGUGUACAAGCAGUACCAACAGUCUUGGCUAUUAAAAAUGGCAAAGAAAUUAGUCGAUUUACAGGUGCUGCAGAUGAAAAUCGAAUUCAAAAAAUGAUUGACCAACUUAGUCGCUAA